AUGGCCUGUCUCUUGGACUCCGCGCUUCGAAAACUCAUCGGCAUCAGGAGAAUCUCGGCAGGGGUCAGGAUCGUGAAGAGCACACAAGCGCAUUCACUGAUUGACAUUGCCCCAGCCGUUUGGGACCUCCAAUACCUUCAAACUAUGGCAGUGCACGCACAAGUCAUUCCGACAAUCGCCGUUGGUUUGGCUCGACUCAAAAACGCUCGAUCUGACAGUCUUCGCCAAAAACUGGAUCUCAUUUCCACUUCACGCCCAGUGAGUAGCGGUAACAAUGCCCAAGUCCAUAUAGAGGCUCCCACCACGGACGAAAUCACGAACCGUCUGUGGUCGCUGUGUCAAACCGGAAUCCGGCCAGAUCCGGCCAAAAGGCGCAAAACCACCAGGGAAUCAGCGGAAGACGUCAUCAAGCGGCCGCUUCCAAACAUAGAAGCUAGGGGCUUCGAACUGGCAGGUGCACCCUUAGAAUACGCCUACGACUUUGAUGAUGGCGCCCUGAUGGGAGGGGAGAAUCACAGGCUGGUUACAGGACACGGUCAUUAUGCAGACUAUCCGGAAGAGACUCAAGGUCCCGGCUACUGCGAGAGACACAGCUUCCCACUCGCUGGUGGAGACGGUAUUGUGGGAGAUGGCGAACAAUUGGGAGAGCUAACGGAUAACUCAGAUGCUGAGUACCUUUAUGCUGAUGGGUAUGGCAACGUGUAUCGAAUCGAGAAACAGGAUGCGCCCGAGCAGGAGACGAGCUGGCCGUCAAGCCCGCCGUUGAUUCCAUACGAUGAUCUAAGCGACGAGGCGAGCCAAGAGGUCCUGGUUUGGGGGGAUGAAGAUUCAAACGAGGCGUAUAUUAUAUACCACGAAGUGCAACAAUGA